AUGGGCUCCGUGUCCAACCAGCAGUUCGCAGGUGGCUGCGCCAAGGCAGCGGAGGAGACGCCGGAGAACGCGGCUGGGGAGGCCGAGGAGCCGCAGCUGCUGCACGGUGCCGGCAUCUGUACGUGGUUCAACGCGCGCAUGGGGUUCGGCUUCCUGUCCAUGACCGCCCGUGCUGGGGUCGCACUCGACCCCCCUGUGGAUGUCUUUGUGCAUCACAGUAAGUUGCACAUGGAGGGCUUCCGGAGACUGAAGGAGGGUGAGGCAGUGGAGUUCACCUUUAAGCAGUCUGCCAAGGGCCUGGAAUCUAUCCGUGUCACUGGACCUGGUGGGGUGUUCUGUAUUGGGAGUGAGAGACAGCCAAAGGGCAAGAACACGCAGAAGCGCAGAUCAAAAGGAGACAGGUGCUACAAUUGUGGAGGUCUAGACCAUCAUGCCAAGGAAUGCAAGCUGCCACCCCAGCCCAAGAAAUGUCACUUCUGCCAAAGCAUCAGCCAUAUGGUGGCCUCAUGUCCACUGAAGGCCCAGCAGGCACCCAGCUCACAGGGAAAGCCCUCCUACUUUAGGGAGGAAGAAGAAGAGAUCCACAGCUCCCAGAGGCCCAGAAUUGAGCCUACAGCGCGAGACUGA